AUGGUUGUCAUGCCCCGUGCAUUCGACACAUGGUUGUCAUGCCCCGUGCAUUCGACACAUGGUUGUCAUGCCGCGUGCAUUCGAGACAUGCCAGCCACUCAACUUCCCAUCCCACCAGCCCUCCCUAACCCGCACCGCCCCUCCGUGCACCCCCCAAUCCGCAUUCCCCCCUGCCUACACCCCCCUGUCCCGCACCUGUCGGCCAGCCCGCCCUCUUCAAUCUCCGCCAGCGCCGCCAGCGCCACUGCUGACGCCAAGGGGUUGCCGCCAAACGUGCUGCAGAGGAGGGGGAGAGGGGGGAGUGCGCACAGGGGAGGGGGAGGAGAACAAAAGGGAGGGAGAGGGGCCGGGGGUAAGGACAGGCGCGUCAGAAACAAGCUGCGCACAGCGCACCUGCCAUCACAGCGCACCUGCCAUCACAGCGCACCUGCCAUCACAGCGCACCUGCCAUCACAGCGCACCUGCCAUCACAGCGCACCUGCCAUCACAGCGCAGCUGCCAUCACAGCGCACCUGCCAUCACAGCGCACCUGCCAUCACAGCGCACCUGCCAUCACAGCGCACCUGCCAUCACAGCGCAGCUGCCAUCACAGCGCAGCUGCCAUCACAGCGCACCUGCCAUCACAGCGCAGCUGCCAUCACAGCGCACCUGCCAUCACAGCGCAGCUGCCAUCACAGCGCAGCUGCCAUCACAGCGCACCUGCCAUCACAGCGCAGCUGCCAUCACAGCGCACCUGCCAUCACAGCGCAGCUGCCAUCACAGCGCACCUGCCAUCACAGCGCACCUGCCAUCACAGCGCACCUGCCAUCACAGCGCACCUGCCAUCACAGCGCACCUGCCAUCACAGCGCACCUGCCAUCACAGCGCACCUGCCAUCACAGCGCACCUGCCAUCACAGCGCACCUGCCAUCACAGCGCACCUGCCAUCACAGCGCACCUGCCAUCACAGCGCACCUGCCAUCACAGCGCACCUGCCAUCACAGCGCACCUGCCAUCACAGCGCACCUGCCAUCACAGCGCACCUGCCAUCACAGCGCACCUGCCAUCACAGCGCACCUGCCAUCACAGCGCACCUGCCAUCACAGCGCACCUGCCAUCACAGCGCACCUGCCAUCACAGCGCAGCUGCCAUCACAGCGCAGCUGCCAUCACAGCGCACCUGCCAUCACAGCGCACCUGCCAUCACAGCGCAGCUGCCAUCACAGCGCAGCUGCCAUCACAGCGCACCUGCCAUCACAGCGCAGCUGCCAUCACAGCGCACCUGCCAUCACAGCGCACCUGCCAUCACAGCGCACCUGCCAUCACAGCGCACCUGCCAUCACAGCGCACCUGCCAUCACAGCGCACCUGCCAUCACAGCGCACCUGCCAUCACAGCGCACCUGCCAUCACAGCGCACCUGCCAUCACAGCGCACCUGCCAUCACAGCGCACCUGCCAUCACAGCGCACCUGCCAUCACAGCGCACCUGCCAUCACAGCGCACCUGCCAUCACAGCGCACCUGCCAUCACAGCGCACCUGCCAUCACAGCGCACCUGCCAUCACAGCGCACCUGCCAUCACAGCGCACCUGCCAUCACAGCGCACCUGCCAUCACAGCGCACCUGCCAUCACAGCGCACCUGCCAUCACAGCGCACCUGCCAUCACAGCGCACCUGCCAUCACAGCGCACCUGCCAUCACAGCGCACCUGCCAUCACAGCGCACCUGCCAUCACAGCGCACCUGCCAUCACAGCGCACCUGCCAUCACAGCGCAGCUGCCAUCACAGCGCAGCUGCCAUCACAGCGCACCUGCCAUCACAGCGCACCUGCCAUCACAGCGCAGCUGCCAUCACAGCGCAGCUGCCAUCACAGCGCACCUGCCAUCACAGCGCAGCUGCCAUCACAGCGCACCUGCCAUCACAGCGCACCUGCCAUCACAGCGCACCUGCCAUCACAGCGCACCUGCCAUCACAGCGCACCUGCCAUCACAGCGCACCUGCCAUCACAGCGCACCUGCCAUCACAGCGCACCUGCCAUCACAGCGCACCUGCCAUCACAGCGCACCUGCCAUCACAGCGCACCUGCCAUCACAGCGCACCUGCCAUCACAGCGCACCUGCCAUCACAGCGCACCUGCCAUCACAGCGCACCUGCCAUCACAGCGCACCUGCCAUCACAGCGCACCUGCCAUCACAGCGCACCUGCCAUCACAGCGCACCUGCCAUCACAGCGCACCUGCCAUCACAGCGCACCUGCCAUCACAGCGCACCUGCCAUCACAGCGCACCUGCCAUCACAGCGCACCUGCCAUCACAGCGCACCUGCCAUCACAGCGCACCUGCCAUCACAGCGCACCUGCCAUCACAGCGCACCUGCCAUCACAGCGCACCUGCCAUCACAGCGCACCUGCCAUCACAGCGCACCUGCCAUCACAGCGCACCUGCCAUCACAGCGCACCUGCCAUCACAGCGCACCUGCCAUCACAGCGCACCUGCCAUCACAGCGCACCUGCCAUCACAGCGCACCUGCCAUCACAGCGCACCUGCCAUCACAGCGCACCUGCCAUCACAGCGCACCUGCCAUCACAGCGCACCUGCCAUCACAGCGCACCUGCCAUCACACGCUCCCCACCCUCCCCAUUCCCCAAUCCCACCCCCCACCACCCGUCCUUGCCCCACCUGCCGUGCUCGCCCGGUCGGAUGCACCCCAUGA